AUUCUAACCAUCUCAAGAAUGUGAUCCUGCUGGCCACACCCAACUGUCCAGUCCCCCUCACAUGCGUCACCCACUAAAGUCCACUUUUCCGGUGUGAAACGCAGAACGCGACCAUCUAAUGAAUGGAGUAAUGUGGGACGUUAUUGGUACUGUCUGUGCAUUGAGGUUGUGAGUAUUCAAAGGAUUUGGUUUUAGUCUAUGGAGGGAUGUUUCUAGGCCACAAUUCCGUUUGACCGAUCGCAAUCGUUCGAUCCUUUGAACGCAAGUGACUGACUUGGCAAUCCGACAGCGCUUUGAGUAAAAUCCAUUCUAUUAGAGACAACGCGUUAUGUCGGAUCUGGAGGACAUUGAAGAUAUAUUUGAGGGAUGGCUAGAGAAACCGACAGAAGAUGAUGCUAAAAGCAAAGGCUGGUUGAAAAAGUCUUUCACUAAGAAAUGGAAGAGGAAUUUCUAUGUGCUACGGAAAUAUUGUGCUGGAGACCAACCUUUCCUGCAGUGGUUUGAUAGAGAAGAAGGAUGGCAGAGGCAAAGGCCACGAGGGACAUUAGAAUUGUUUCCCAGAUAUAAGGUGUUCAAAAGAAUGGAACAAAAGUCAAAGCAGUAUGUGUUUGAGAUUAGUACUGAUACUGAAACAUUGACUUUGGCCGCAGAGAGUGAAACUGUGAUGGACCUGUGGGUGAUUCAGUUACAAAUGCAAACUACCUUAAAUCCACGGGUAGCAGGUGAGGUCUUCAGAGUCAAAGGCAGUGGCAGCCGACAAAUGCAGAGAGUAGGAGCUAAGGACCAACAGUGUCUCCUGCAUAUCUCCAGGUGGGGUUUGUCACUGGCUCUGGAGUGUACUCGAGCUGUUCUGGCUCAGUGGCCCUUGACAACAAUUCGAAACUAUGAAGCUCUGGAUUCCAACGAGUUUAUCUUUGAGGCUGGCAGAGCAUCACCUAUGGGUGAAGGGAAAUACAACUUUGUCACAUGCAAUGGUGAUGACAACAAGAUUUUUGAUGUGAUAGACAGUUUUGCUUCUGCCCGUGUCAGGAGGGGAAGGGACUCCCGAUCCCCAGCAGCUUCAAAUGAGCUGACAGAAGAUGACAUUGAACGUGCAUAUGAUCAACUCAGGUUUAGCCUCCAAAACUUCUCAGGGAAUCGAGACAGAUCUGUUAGACAUGUGAACCAGAGCUUGCCUCGGCCCAUUGAUACAGGAACACCACCACAACAAGCAUACAACCACAUAGGCAGAUCAGAUAGUAUAGGUAGUGCACACAGUCUUGGCAGCUUCUCCAUGGUCUCAGAAUCUGCUCUAAGCUACAGUCGUCUGGAGAGGCUUCCAAGCUGGGGUUCCCACACAUCCAAUUCAACCUACGUGAGGGACCAGUACAACACACUUAGCUCGGUGCAGACAGAAAACACUAUACAGGAAGGAAGCUAUGACACAUUAGCUCGCUCACCAAGUACUUCAAGCCGUAACUUUUCUCAGUCACUGGACACAAGAUCUCAAAUGGAACAAGGACAUUUGAUGCAGGAGCAGCCAUCUGCUGGCCAGAAAUCACAUGGGGCAAAAAUGGCACCCACUUUACCCAGAAAGAAGAAUGAAUUAACAAAUGGUAAUGAGCAUUCAAAAGAAUCCAGGCCAACUCCAACAAAUGAAAAACCACCCAGUGUACCAAGGUCAGCACAGCAAGUGGCAUUUGAUGAUCAUUCUGAGAGAAGACAAAGCUUUUCACGUAGUGACAAACCUAUUUCUGUAGUUGGCUCUCCAAACUUUUUAUAAAUGAAUGCAGCACAUUCCUCUAGUAUUGAGGUUUUGCCAGCUCUCUAUGCUACUGUGGAUCUAAGUAAAAAGACAAAGAACAAAAAUCCAGCAGACAGAGCCUCAGAUAGUGCAGUGACUCUUACAAGACAUCAAAGUAAGAGCUCUGAUAGAAUCUUGGAAGGGUCACCACCAAAAGUCACCCACUUUGCAGCUUUUGCAGCAGAUACUGAGCAUAAAGACUAUGAAGAUGCAUUCAUCGCCAUGAUCCCUCCACAAAAACCUUGCACUGAAAUAGUUUCCUGGGCACAAACAAGCCUUGUUGACCAAUCAGACCAUCAAGGAGAAAGAGCUGAGCGUGUUGUUAAUCUGCCUGUAUUGCCUGAAAAGAAAGGCUCAUACAUGGGUCAGGUAGAGGCAUUGGAGAGGACAUUAACAGAAGUUUCACACCUUACUCAACAAGAAAAGUGACAUGUCACCAGAGUACCAUGUGUGAUGGAACAUCUUAGUUUUUAGAUUAUGAUGUAAUUGUUCUUCUAACAUAACAUGAUAUACAAUCAUUUCAUACAGUAAUAAUGGAGCCAGUUUUGUCUAGUACGGUAUUUUUUUUCCAUAUUCCAUGAAACGGAAUUUAAAUAAAGGGUUAGCUCUUAUUAAAGGACUAUUCAUAGUUCCUUUUCUUUUUUUGCAAAAAGGGAUAUUAAUAAAUUAGAAGUGUCUGCAUUAAGAGGGUGGGAAGAAAAAAUAACCAUAAACUGUAUUAUUUUGUUGUGAGCUGCAUCAAGAGGAAAUCAAAUUUCCAAGUAAAGUUAAGUGGUCUACUUACUGGCCACCUCAGAGAACCGGUCUAGUUUAGCCAACCGGUCUAGUUUAGCCAACCGGUCUAGUUUAGCCAACCGGUCUAGUUUAGCCAAUCGGUCUAGUUUAGCCAACCGGUCUAGUUUAGCAAACGGGUCUAGUUUAGCCAACCGGUCUAGUUUAGCCAACCGGUCUAGUUUAGCCAACCGGUCUAGUUAAGCCAACCGGUCUAGUUUAGCCAACCGGUCUAGUUUAGCCAAGCGGUCUAGUUUAGCCAACCGGUCUAGUUUAGCCAAAUGGUCUAGUUUAGCCAAAUGGUCUAGUUUAGCCAACCAGUUUGAUUCCUAUUUUGUAAUUGGCCCUAAUACAUCAUUAGGAGAUGCUUUUUCUUUCUUUUUUUUUUUUCAGGAAAUAUAAAAAAUUAUGAAGCUUAGACUAAUGGAUUCAGUUUAUACACAAUCAUUGUAUCUGUCAUGGCAGUUAUGUGUAUACAUAUGCCAAAUGUUUCACUCCUUUGGUUCUUGUGUGUUUCCACAUAAGUCAGUUUCAGAUUCUUAUGCUUAUCUUGUAAGUGUAAGUCAUGCCUUAUCUAGGUAAGUCAGUUUCAGAUUCUUAUGCUUAUCUUGUAAGUGUAAGCCACGCCUUAUCUAGGUUAUCUCAGGAAAACACUAACAAAGAGUUCAUUUACUUUAUUAUCAAAAAUAGAUUUUGCUCUCUUAGUUAACAAAUUAAAUUCUAUAGAUACCUAAAUCUAAAGUCACUGCAACUUUGUGCUACAAGAUACUUGUCAAAUUAGUGGUUAACCUUACCAUGAGCUCUUACCAAAGAAGGAUUUAUGAAACCUUAUCUCUUGGGCCUCAAGGAAGAUUUGGUUGGUAAUUUGAAUAUUAAGUUCCUUUGAAUGUGUCAAUACAUGAUAUGCUAAAUAAUUUAGAAAAAAGCCAGAAAAAAUCAAAAGAUAUUUUACCCUGAGCCUCUGGUUUUUCUUCUUAGAAGUAUUCAAAACAAAUUUUAUUUAUAUAUUUAUGAUUCUAGUUGAAGAUGUUGUGCCGUUACUUUUAUGUGAAAAUAUGUUGUUUUGAAAUAAAUCUCCACUUGAAAGUAAUUCUAAUAUACUCAAAUUUCUUACUUUUAUUGUAAAUCUAGAAACAAUUUUUCACCCUAUCAUUGUUCAUUGAUUGUUUGUGAUGAGAUAGUUUGUAAUAAAAUAUAUUUGACAAUAGUAUGAUAUUUUUCCCUCUCUUGGAAAAGCCUUUGGCCUUUUCAAAUUUUCUAACCAAGUAUUAUGAAACAAGAUAAUUAUGAAUAAGUAUGUGCAUUCUUUCAAGAAAAAAUAGUUUUCAUGGUUUUAUAAUUUUUGCUCAACAUAUCUGUUACCUGAAACUACCGAAAUUUCAGCAAUAAUCUACUGUUUUGUUCCAUUUUUUUUUAUUUUCAGUCUAAUAUUGUAGUAAUAUAAAAUUAUUAAUGUAACAAAACAAUAAAAAAUGAAAAAAACA